AUGUCGAACACAGAUUUCCCCUUACUUUUUGUCUUAACCUUCUUAAUGUCUGUCCACAAGAUUUCCAAUACAAUGGAUACUAUAGAUACUACACAGAUCCUUAAAGAUGGUGAGACCAUUGUUUCAUCUGAUGGAACCUUUGAAUUGGGAUUUUUUAGCCCUAAAAGUUCAACGAAUCGAUAUGUGGGCAUGUGGUACAAGAAAAUAACAGUUAUGACUGUAGUAUGGGUUGCCAACAGAGAAGUUCCACUUACAAAUACAUCAGGAGUCUUGAAGGUUAUCGAGCCAGGACUUAUAGUUCUUCAAAAUGACAAUAAUGGCGUUAUCAUAUGGUCUUCUAACACAUCACAGCCUGUGAAAACUCCGGUGGCAAAAUUGCUGGACUCAGGCAACCUUGUCGUGAAAGAUGCAAAUGAUGAUGACCCCGAGAAUUUCCUCUGGGAGAGUUUUAAUUAUCCGACUGAUACAAUUUUCUCAGGAAUGAAGUUCGGUUGGAACUUUAAAACUGGUCAAGAAGUGUAUCUAUCAUCAUGGAAGAGUGACGAUGAUCCAUCUUCGGGAGAUUUUAAUUAUCACUUUGAUCCUACUGGUUAUCCACAACAUGUCUUGAAAAAAGGUUCAGUGGUGCAGUUUAAAAGUGGACCUUGGAAUGGACUACGCUAUAGCGGGGCUCCAAACUUGAGGUAUAAUCCUAUUUACAAAUACGGAGUAAUUCUAAACAAAAAUGAGGCGUACUUUUCUUUUGAGCUCCUAAACAGUUCAAUUAUUUCAAGAUUUACCUUGAGCGAAUGUGGUGUAGGACAGCGCAUGACAUGGAUUAAUCGAACACAAGAGUGGACAGUUUACAUCACAGCUCCAACAGAUAAUUGUGACAUUUACGGAUUGUGUGGUGCAUUUGGUAGUUGCAAUAUUGCGAAUUCUCCGGUUUGUGGAUGUUUAGAUAGAUUUCAGCCUAAAGAUCCAGAAGGAUGGGAGAAUGCAGAUUGGUCGAAAGGGUGUGGUCGCAGAACUCCCUUGAAUUGCCAAAAGGGAGACGUAUUUUUCAAGUAUUCUGAUAUUAAAUUGCCCGACACACAAUAUUCCCGGUUUAACAAGAGGGGAAGUGGAUGCCUACUUUGGUUUGGAGACCUAGUAAACAUCAAAGAACUAGAUGAGGAAGGCCAAGAUAUUUACAUCAGGAUGGCUUCUACAGAAUUAGAGUUAAAAGAUAGGAAAAGAGAAGUUCUUGAAGUAAGUUUGUCAUUGUCAAUAGGAAUGGUUCUGAUUGGGCUUUGUCUGAUGCUGUUUCUUUGGAAAAGGACGAAAAGAAACCACAUGCUGAGAAAAGGAGGCAGGCUAGUAGACAACUUUAUGAACCGUAAAAAUGAUGAAAUUCACAACGAAGGCAUACAGCUACCACUGUUUGAUUUAAAUACUUUAACUAAAGCUACAGAUAAUUUUUCAAUUGAUAACAAGCUUGGAGAGGGUGGGUUUGGACCUGUUUACAAGGGCCUACUCGAGGAAGGGCAAGAAAUUGCUGUCAAACGACUUUCAAGAAAUUCCCGACAAGGACUUGAUGAGUUCAAGAAUGAAGUUAUCUGUAUAGCUAAACUACAACAUCGAAAUCUCGUGAAACUUCUAGGAUGCUGCAUUCAAAGAGAAGAAAAUAUGGUGGUUUAUGAAUACAUGUCUAACAGAAGUCUUGACUUGAUUCUAUUUGAUCCAAUGCAAAGUACAGAGCUUGAUUGGCCUAAGCGCUUUCACAUUAUAAUUGGCAUUGCUCGAGGACUUAUGUAUCUCCAUCAAGAUUCCUGCCUUAGAGUCAUCCAUAGAGACCUCAAAGCUAGUAAUAUUUUGCUAGAUUCUGACAUGAGCCCUAAGAUAUCAGACUUUGGCAUGGCUAGAAGUUUUGAAGGAAAUGACACUGGAGCUAACACGAGCCGGGUAGUUGGAACAUAUGGCUACAUGUCCCCAGAAUAUGCUAUAGAUGGUCUAUUCUCCGUGAAAUCCAAUGUAUUUAGCUUUGGGGUUAUGGUGCUUGAGAUAGCAUGGAUGCUAUAUAAGGAAGGAAGGUCUUUGGAAUUAGUCGAUGCUUGCCUUAGCAUCUCGGGCUAUUGGUCAGAUGUAUUGCGAUCUAUCCAUGUGGGAUUGUUAUGUGUUCAACAAUGUCCACAAGACAGGCCAAGCAUGUCUUCUGUAGUGCUCAUGUUUGGCAAUGAAGGUGCGUUGCCUCAAGCGAAACAACCUGGUUUUUUCGCUGGAAGAGAUUUAGUUACUGCCAAAAAUUCAACUAGCACAAAUGCAGCAUGUUCAAUAAACCAAGGCCUACUCGAGGAAGGGCAAGAAAUUGCUCUCAAACGACUUUCAAGAAAUUCCCGACAAGGACUUGAUGAGUUCAAGAAUGAAGUUAUCUGUAUAGCUAAACUACAACAUCGAAAUAUCGUGAAACUUCUAGGAUGCUGCAUUCAAAGAGAAGAAAAUAUGGUGGUUUAUGAAUACAUGUCUAACAGAAGUCUUGACUUGAUUCUAUUUGAUCCAAUGCAAAGUACAGAGCUUGAUUGGCCUAAGCGCUUUCACAUUAUAAUUGGCAUUGCUCGAGGACUUAUGUAUCUCCAUCAAGAUUCCUGCCUUAGAGUCAUCCAUAGAGACCUCAAAGCUAGUAAUAUUUUGCUAGAUUCUGACAUGAGCCCUAAGAUAUCAGACUUUGGCAUGGCUAGAAGUUUUGAAGGAAAUGACACUGGAGCUAACACGAGCCGGGUAGUUGGAACAUAUGGCUACAUGUCCCCAGAAUAUGUUAUAGAUGGUCUAUUCUCAGUGAAAUCCGAUGUAUUUAGCUUUGGGGUUAUGGUGCUUGAGAUAGUAACUGGCAAAAGAAAUAGAGGAUUUUCGCAUAGAGAUCACCAUCACAACCUUCUUGGACAUGCAUGGAUGCUAUAUAAGGAAGGAAGGUCUUUGGAAUUAGUCGAUGCUUGCCUUAGCAUCUCGGGCUAUUGGUCAGAUGUAUUGCGAUCUAUCCAUGUGGGAUUGUUAUGUGUUCAACAAUGUCCACAAGACAGGCCAAGCAUGUCUUCUGUAGUGCUCAUGUUUGGCAAUGAAGGUGCGUUGCCUCAAGCGAAACAACCUGGUUUUUUCGCUGGAAGAGAUUUAGUUACUGCCAAAAAUUCAACUAGCACAAAUGCAGCAUGUUCAAUAAACCAAGUCACCAUUACACUAUUAGAAGCACGAUAA